UUCAGUCUCUCUCUCCCCCAUUCUCACACACUCUAUCUCGGGAACCCUAAUCGCCCGUCGCCUCCAUUGCUCCUUCUCGCCCACCGCCUCCUUCUCGCUCCGUCGCCACCAUCGCCUCCACCUCUCCUUCUCGUUCCGUCGCCACCACCGCCUCCUUCUCGCUCGUCGCCACCACCGUCCCCUCGUUCGGGAAAAUAUUUGAAUAAUAAAAGUAUUUAAAUAAAAUCAAUUUCUUCUGCUGGGCCGCCGCCAUCUUAAGUCUUCAUCUCCACAAGCCCUGAUUCCUGCGCAGAAAUACUGAAUAAGUGAAAGUAAAGCAGAUUCCGAAGUUGCCAUCCACAGCUCGUUUCAGCCACGCGUUAGGAAAAAGGUUUGACUAUGAAGGGGAAAUGAACGAAAAGAGAAUCUUCAUCCUCCAAUUUGGAUUCCCAGGAACCUAGAAUGGACAUCAAGUCCAUCCUGAAAGAUAUUGAAUUUUUGGGUUUCUCACACAUGAUAUGGAAACAGAAAAAGGACUUGGAAAAUAAGAAGGUAGUGUCACUCGGUGGAAAGCCUCCAAAGAAACAGAGGUUACCUCUUAAUGUUGCUAGAGUUUCAAUGAAGAAUCAAAAGGAUAGAGAAGAGAAACUGCUUCAGGAGAGAGCUAUACUUGGAAGGUUUGGAGCCUACAGUAGCAGUAGUUCCAAGAAGGUGCCAGAGAGGAAACCAGCAGAGGACAGAAUUCUGAAGUCGAUGCAAGGCGAUUUCAGAAAGGGGGUUCUCAACGUCGGGCAUCUGUUGAAGCCCUCAGCCCCUGAAGCCUCUAACUACAAGGGCAGGCACCCUACGGGUAAAGGGAAGAAGAAGAAAGAUGAAUGA